AUGCAAUGUAAAGGGGACAGCCAAGGCGAGUUGAGGUAUUCUAAUGUUUUUAUCCUUAGAACUAAGGCUCCUAUUCUAGUAGGCAAACCACAGUUAGAUAGAGCACCUGCUUUAUUGUUUAUUGCCAGGAGAAGGAAGGAUAGUUGCUACUUGAAGUCAAUGUGUGGAAGUAGGCAAUUACAUAGUCGCCCUUUACUAUCGGGUCUAGGAGCAUUAUCAGGUAUAGAAGAGCCUGCAACGACAGACAUGUAAAUUAUUGAAAAAAAAAAUAGACGUGAAAGUCUCUCAUGUCCUUACACUAUUUUUAAUUUGAAUGUUGAAAGUUUAGUAAAAAUAACAUAAGAUCUAUAAGACUAA